AUGCAAGUUCCAAAUUCAGGAGUUGAUAGUCAAAGCUCAGACCAAAUUCAACCGAUUCAGGAAACCUAUGGCGUGAAGGCUGUCAGAGAUCCGGCGGAUGCUGGUGUUGCCGGUGAAGGUGAGGUGGAGUUGGGUAAUGGAGGUGAUUUGGUGAAGAAGAAACGUGGGAUUGGUGAGGGCUCCUUGUGUCGAACACGAAAUGAGCUAACACCCUCACCACCCGCGCCGCACCUGCUUCACAUCAAGGAAGAUGGGAGAGUGGUCCACUUUGUUGGUGUUCAGGUCCCAAUUAUGCAGAGGCGGUCCCGGAGUGUUGGUGUUCAGAUUACGGUGGCGUUGGAUUUGGGCUUCAAUCGCAAGGAAGAUGGGAGAGUGGUCCACUUUGUUGGUGUUCAGGUCCCAAUUAUGCAGAGGCGGUCCCAGAGUGUUGGUGUUCAGAUCAUGAUACAGAUGGAAGAAUCGAGUAGCGCGACACUUGAUGUUGAUGUAACUAAAGAAACAUUGAACGAACCAGUUGAUAGUGUUGAUGAGCAAAACACGGAACAAGAGAACAAUGAAGGUGGUAGUAAAAGAUCAUUCGUGUGGAAUCAUUUUACAUUUGAUCAAGUUUCUCAGAAAGCAAAAUGUUGUUAUUGUUUAAAAUGGAUGGCAGCCGGUUCUAAAACAAAUGGUACGAGUCCCUUGCAGUAUCAUUUGUUGAGAGUAUGCCACAAGUCACCACUUUAUAAGAAGGCUGAUUUAAAACAAUCUAAAUUGAGCUUUAAGCCUAAAAGUUCGGGGGAAGGCAUUGGUAGCUUGGCUUCUCAUUCUUUUAGCCAAGAAAAAUGUAAAAUCUCUCUUGCUCGUAUGUGCAUAAAAGAUAAUCAACCGUUUAGUAUAGUUGAUGAUGAGGGAUUUAGAGAAUUCGUAUGGGAUUUAAAUCCUAUGUUUAAGUUUCCUUCUAGAUGGACAAUAGCUAGGGUUUGCUUGUCGGUGUACCAAGAAGAGAAAAAGAAACUAAAACAAGUUUUAAGAGGUCAGACUGUAUCUCUUACAACCGACACAUGGACAUUCGUUCAAAACUUUAAUUACAUGUGUCUUACCGCACAUUGGGUUGAUGAAGAUUGGGUUUUGAGGAAGAAAAUUCUAAACUUUUGUCAAAUAGCAAAUCAUAAGAGUGAGACAAUAGGAAAACUUGUUUAUCGUUGGUUACAAGAUUGGGGCAUUGAUAGGGUUUUUACGGUAACCGUUGAUAAUGCUUCAUCAAAUGAUGAUGGAGCAAUUAAGUUUUUAAAAAGAAUGCUUAAAGGUCCUCAUUCCGUGUUAGAUGGAAAAUAUAUGCAUUUGAGAUGCAAUGCUCAAAUCAUAAAUCUUGUUGUCAAGGAUCGUUUAGAAGAACAAGUUGAUUCCAUAGCUAGGAUUCGAAAUGCGGUAAGAUAUAUAAGAUCAUCUCCUUCUAGGUUUCUAACCUUCAAAGAUUGUGUUGAGAACGAAAAGAUUGAUUCUAAAAGGAAACCAUGUCUUGAUGUGGAUACUCGAUGGAAUUCAACUUUCUUAAUGUUGGAAACGGCACUUAAGUUUUCAAAAGCAUUUGAUAGGCUUCAAGAUGUGGAUAUCAAUUAUAGAACAUAUUUUCAUAGUGAAGUCGCCGAUGAAGAGACGAGUACAAGGAAAAGAAAAAAAAAGCUAUUCAUGGAAUUUUUUAGGAUAUUUUUUGAUGUGACAAAGAAGAUAUCGGGGUCUAAAUAUGUGACCGCAAAUUGGUUUUUUGUUGAGCUUUCCAAAAUGCACUCAAGUAUAGCAAGUAUGUGUUUAAGUAUUGAUGAGAAGAAGCGAGCCAUGGGUUUGUCUAUGAACACAAAGUUUGAGAAGUAUUGGGAUAAUUUAGACAAUAUUAACCAUUUGUUGUAUGUGGCACUUGUUUUAGACCCACGGAAUAAGAUGUCUUAUCUUGGUUAUUCUUUAAGUUUGAUACAUGGCAAAGGUUCCAUAAAAAUCAAGUUAAUCAAGGAGCUAGUGAAAGAAACAUUAAUGGAGUUGUUUGAUCAUUAUAAACUAAAGGUAGCUAAAACAAAGGAGCGACAAAGUACUUCGUCAUCCUCGCGUAAUUUGAUUGAUGAUGUUGGGUAUGUUGACUUAGAAGAUGGUUACAAGAAGUAUUUAGAGGAGGAAGGUGAAGAAGUUCUUGAUGAUCAUGAAGUAGAAAUUUAUUUACGGGAUGGAACAGAAAAAAGAGAGGAAACAUUUGAUGUUUUAGUUUGGUGGAAGGAAAAUAAGAUUAAGUUCCCUGUUCUCUCUGAAAUUGCUAAGCAUGUUUUAGGAAUGCCGAUCUCAACUGUUGCAUCCGAGUCGGCUUUUAGCACCGGUGGUAGGGUGAUUGAUAAAUAUAGGAGCUCUCUUACUCCUAAAACUGGAGAGGGGUUGAUUUGUGCCCAAGAUUGGUUACGGUCUACACCAAAAGAUUUGCAAGAUCUUUAUGUGCAUGGUGAACAACUAGAGGUGUUGGUUGAUGCUUUGGAGAAUAUGGAAAUUGAUUGCAUACCCGAAAAGAAAACGCCCAAAGACUCGAUUGCUGAAGAUGAUGAAGAUGAAGAUUGGGACUAA